CGCAUUCUGGACCUUCUUUUUCAUUCUUGGUGCCCUGUUCGAAGUUGUCGGCUGGAUCGGUCGCUUAGUUGGUUACUGGUGUCCGUAUUCCAGGGAUUGUUUCAUCAUGCAGACAGCGAGUCUAAUCACCGGACCGGGGUGGGCUCAAGCAGGAAUCUACCUCACUGUAUGGGUCGUGAUCAAGAAAAUCGGUCGACACACCUCACCCUUCCCGCCGAAGACAUACCUCACCAUCUGCUUCUGCAUCGACGUGACCUGUCUAACCACGCAAGCCGUCGGCGGCGGGUUAGCAGGCGCCGCCUAUAACAGCGGAACGUCCACACAGCCCGGCACGACAACCAUGGUCGUCGGUAUCAUUGCGCAAUUAUCAGCCGCGGUGCUGUUCUCGCUGUUAGUUGCGUUUGUCAUGUAUCGGGGUGGGAAGGAGCUGCGCGCAAAUCGGCCGCUUUUCUAUAUGACGACCGCGACGGUGUUUGCGACGAUGAUGAUGAUCAUGCGGAAUGUUUAUCGUGCGAUUGAGCUGACCGAGGGCUGGAGGGGGUAUUUGAUCACGCGGGAGAAGUAUGUGUUGGCGCUGGAUGCGAUGCCAAUGGUCUUGGCCAUGGGGAUCUAUGUGGUUUUUAAUCCUGGGGCGCAGUUUGAGACGCAGGAGGUAGAAGAGCAGCGAGAGGGUGAGAGGGAUGGGGCUGGGAAGAGCUCGGUUCAACGAUUCUUGCGUCUAUGAAGAAAGAGAGGGCAGGAAUUGCUCCAUCGGAUUUCAAUUAAAGCAGUCUGGUACGACAGAUAAACUGGUUGGUCUCCCCUGAGUAUAGCCCCUUUUAUGAGCGGCUCCAUGUAGAUAAUCUCGGUCGAUUUCCUAGUAAGUAUUCCAAUAAAGCAAGUGGCGGACUACCUCAGACACCCGGACAUUCCCA